AGAAAUUUGUUUUAAAGGCUACAAGGAAGUAGGUGGAAAUGGGUGGAAGACAACAAAACAUUGGCCCAAUAGCGAGAAUGGGAGAUUGAAAUAAAAUAUGAGCUGGAACCCGUUCAGUCGUUUGUCGGCACCAAAAAAGACUGUGAUAUCAAGAACUGCUGAAAGGGAAUUCGAAAAAGAAGUAAAGAAGUUGGAAGAAUUAGAUGAAGUCACAAGAAAGCUUUACAAGGAUGCUAAACGUUUGGUUGAGGCUAAUAAUGCUGUAUCAAAAUCUGAGCGCAAGUUGACCCAGGACCUUUUGACCUCUGCCCUCUGCCAAGGGGAGGAUACUCUGCAUCGCAAUGUGGAGGAGUGGGAUCAUGCAGUGGUUACGCUGGAUCUUCACUCUCAGGACUUGAACGCAGCUACACAGAAAACAUUGAUAGACCCCAUGAAAAAAUUCAACAGUAUUUUCCCAAAUGUUCAAGCAGCUGUCAAAAAGAGAGAACAAAGCUUGCAGGAGUUCCAGAAGUGCCAAGCCAAAGUGGACAAGUACCAGGAGCGAGAUCGGACAGGCCAGAACGUGGUCAAGCUGGACCAGAGUAAGAAAUCUCUGGCACUGGCAAAGGAGGAUUUCCAGGUGCAGAACUCGGCACUCGUGGAAGACAUGCCCAAACUGUACGAGAGUAGGAUCGACUACUUCCACCCCUCCCUGGAGGCACUGAUCCGAUCACAGGUAACUCACAACACAGAGGCCUACAAGGUGUACAGUGAACUUUCCUCAACACUCUGUGGCCUUAAGAACUACACCGACGAUGAAUAUAAGUCUAGGAUGCAACAGACUCUAUCAGAAAUAAAAGCCCUGUCAAUCACUGUUGAUGACUGACCCAUGGUCACCGCUAAUAGCAAUGCAAGACAUCAGCUUCCACGAGACAGUAUAUCUGUGACUGUGUAUUAUAACUGAUUUGUGUUAAGUGUCUAUUCUGACAAUGAUCAAUAGACAGUGUAUCUGUGUGUGUGUGUGUGUGUGUGUGUGUGUGUGUGUGUGUGUGUGUGUGGCUGUAUUAUAACUGAUGUGUUUCAAGUGUUAUUCUGACACUGAGCAUGGCGUUGAGGAACAUGAUAUGGAUGACCUAUGACGUGUAUUGACAUGGAUGUUAAUUGUUUGAGAGUUUGUAGAAUUUCUGUCUUUGCUUGCAAUCAUUUCUAAAAAAGAUGAUUUUGCAAAAGUACAUGUGCUACGUAGUCAGUCAAAUUUCAGAAUAUUACAUUUUUGUAUAUUCAGCUUUCUAUAUAUAAACAGGGGGCAAGGUGUCCCAGUCGUCUAAAGCACCACAAUUCAAUAAGCAGAGUUGCAUCCCUUGGGCAUGUAAAAACCCAUGAUCGUGGGUUCAAAUCUAACUUUGUCAGCACUAUACCCAUGAUCGUGGGUUUCACCAAAGAGAUAAAUGUUUGAGACCUGCAUCACUUCGGUCUCCCACAUUAAACUGACACGCUGUAAUAUAACUGGAAUACUGUUAAGUAGUGUUAAACCCACUUCACUUACUUAAGAAUGGUGAAUGGUUAAGUGGAAGAAUAUAUUAUGAGUAUGUAACUGCAGGUGUCUUGGUCUGUAGGUAAUGUAAUUGAUAACAUUUGGUAUUUUCCUUCAACAAACGUGUGCGCCCAUGAUAUACAUGUGGUGAUGAUUAUGAAACUCUGACCUAUUGUAUUAUCAGGUGUACUUAAGUCAGAGUGAGUGAAUUGGAUUUAAUGCCACUUUUAACAGUAUUCCAGUUCCAUCACUGUGUCAGCUUCAUGACGACCGAAGUGAUGCAGGUCUUAGACAGUUACCACUUUGGUGAAACCCACAAGCACGGGUAUGGUGCUGUCAAACCUAGAAACAUAAUCUGGGAUAACCGGGAUUCGAACCCACAAUCAUAGGUUUUUGGCGUGCCAAAGGGACACAACUCUACACAGUGAAUUGCGGCUCCUUAGACGACUGGGCCACCCAUGCCCCGUACUAAAGUCAAGUUGGUUUGAAUUCAUUACUGGUCACUAACUCAUCUGGGUUGUUAUUACAAAGCAGCAGAUGAACACCAUAUCCUAAGUGACAGUAGUGCUAGGUCAGAUUGUGUUCCAUGUCGGUCAGUAUCACUUUACAUGUACCAUAUAUGUACUGGCUGAAUGCAAUAUGGAAGAUGUUAAAGAAGCGUGUCCACUGUACUUCUGAGAUCGAAGGAGUCUGGCAAUGUGGUGAACCCACCCAUAUUAUCAUUUGAAUACAACAGUUAUGUUAUUCAGCAGUUUUAUUGUGUUCCUAUAGUGGUGUCCCUCAGUAAAGUGCAGUGUUGUAGCCCAGUGGUUUCAGCUUUGGCUAAUUAUGCUGAAGACCCGGGUUUGAUUCCCCACAUUUGUACUAUGAGUGAGACCCGUGAAGAUCCGGGGUAGAAUAGGUCUUCAGCAACCCGUGCUUGCCAUAAAAGGCGACUAUGCUUGUCGUAAGAGGCGACUAAAGGGAUUGGGUGGUCAGGCUCGCUGACUUGGUUGAUGCAUGUCAUCGAUCCCAAUUGCGUGGAUUGAUGCUCAUGAUAUCAAUCACUGGAUUGUUUGGUCCAGACUCGAUUAUUUACAGACCGCUGUCAAAAAGCUGGAAUAUUGCUGAGUGCGGCAUAAAACAACAAACCAACCAACCAAACUUUGAGUGAAGCCUGGUGUUCCCUGUCCAGGGUAUGGAGGGAAUAUUUCUAAAAGUAGCAUAAAA